UGAAAUCAUACCUCUCUUCUUGAAUCAUCAGAUCAGGUUCUGUUAUGUUGAGAGCUUGUUUGUUCUGCAUCUGGUGAUGGGCUCAAAGUAGAGAAGAUGGCCAAGAACAAGGUCAAAAAAGAGUUACCUUGGAACAACUAGCUCCCUUUCAGCCAAACCUUCCUCCUACCUCCGUCCAUCUCACUUCUGUUGCUCUCUAUCGUUCCAUCCUCCUUACCGUGACCCAUCCACAAAGUUACAAUGGAAAGGAAACUUCAAAACAAGAUGAAGAGGCUCAGCAGCUCAGACACCCUUAAAGUGGAAGAAUUGGUUAAGGAUGAGGCAUUUCUUCUCCAUGGAAUGGAGGAGAUGGAGUGCGAGGAGGAGCUCCGCAGCAAUGGGCUGGGAGAGAAGAAGCGCCGACUAAGCAUGGAGCAAGCCAGAGCACUGGAGAAGAACUUCGAAGUGGAGAACAAGCUCGACCCCGCGAGGAAGCUGAGGCUGGCACAAGAUUUAGGCCUGCAGCCACGACAGGUGGCUGUCUGGUUCCAGAACCGCCGCGCUCGAUGGAAGACGAAGCAGCUCGAGCGCGACUACAGCAACCUCAAGGCUCAGCAUGAUGCCCUCAAGCUCGACUGUGAUGCCCUCCGCCACGACAAGGAGGCUCUUAUAGCCGAGAUCAAAGAUCUCAAAGCGAAGAAGCUUUCAGCCUCUGAGAUGGACGCAGCGGAGGAGGCGAGGCCUCCUCUGAUCUGUAAGGACGGCGCUUCCGAUAGCGACCGCAGCGUGGUGUUCAAUGCUGAAGCAAACCGGCCUCAUGGUUCCUCCUUUUCCUUUGACAACAAGGCUCGAGAUGCGCAGGGCAGCUACUUGGACGAGGAGUUUUUGGGUGGGGAGGAGCUCUGCAGCAGCCUGUUCUCGGAGCAGCAGCAGCAGCAGCCGCUGCUACUUCUCGAUGCAUGGGACUAUGACAACUUCAAAUCGUCGCUGCAAUAGUGACUUGUGCACAAAGGCCGGAGAGAUUGGAAGAAAGAGAAACCAAACAGUGCAGUGCGGAAGUCUCUUUCUGUAAGGGCAGUGGGAUUCAAAAUGCGAGCUGUGAAAAUAAACAAUUUCAUUUGUGCCGGUUGUUUUGGAAAACAAAAACAUAUAAGUAACACAAUUGGUUAGAUUAAUAUAUCUUUCAUUUUUAAUGUAUAGAAUGUUAAAAAUUAUUUUAACAUAUCUUUUUAUCAAUAAAGUUAUUAGAAACGAAAGGUAUAUUGAAAUUA